AAGUGUUGAUAUAGUUUUUUUUUAUUAUUUUUGUACAUCAUAUGUAGAAAUCAGCUUAUGCAGAGUCAGGUACUAUUAUGAAGUGGUUGGAGGAUGAGACAAUAAACUUUAUAGAAAUCUACCGAAAAUAUGAUCUGCUUUGGGACCCGCAACAUCGAGAUUAUUUUCAUAAAUUAAAAAAAAAUGAUGCUUGGGAGGAAAUAGCAGAAAAAAUCAAUAAGCCGGUUGAUGAAUGUAGGAAGAAAAUGGAGUAUCUCUUGGCAGCAAUGCGAAGGGAAAAAAUGAAGAUGGGGAGAGUCGCCAGAGCGAGCAUUAGAAAAGGGGUGAAUGAGGUUUACAGAAGCUCAUGGUUCGCCUUUCAAAGUAUGAUGUUUUUAUGGGAUAAAAAUAAGCCAAAAGCCCAACAGGUUUCACUGCCGAAUACAUCAGGCAAUCAGGAAAACCCAGAAAGAGAGCAAAAUGACCCGAUGGAGCCAUCGGAUAGUAUGGAGUUUGUAGCAGGUCAAAAACGCACCAGACAGCUCACCAAAAUUAAAUCCGAACAAAAUGCCUUCAGGGCUAAAAAGCGCCAUCUUGCAUCAACAUCUACAAGUUCCCAAAAAAAGAAGCUUGACGCUUCUCCAGAUGAAAGUGUAGACAAGGCUUUGGAUAUGUCAACUUCAACAGCAAGCCACAGCGCGACAUUAGACGAUUGUUACCAUUUCGGUAACUUGGUUGCAUCAAAAUUGCGCCUUUAUAACGAUGAUGUUCGAUGUGCCAUUGAAAGGGACAUUUUAAAUAUUUUCAUUGGAGCUAACAGCGGUUAUUAUAACAGCGAAGUGAACAUUUUACCGAUCCAUGUAUACGAAAACCCACCUACUUCCCAUGGCUCCUCUUUAUUCAGCUCUUCUCCUCAACCUCCUUCCCCGCUUCAACGUCAAACUCAACUUCAUCAAUCUACGCAACAAUAUCUAUCCCCAAAUGACUAUGGUGAAGAAUCUGAGGAUCUAAAGCAGGAGCCACUAGAGUUUCCCAGUACUUCAGAUAACUAAAAUUAUCCUCAACGUUUAGUCCAAUAAUUGUACAGAGAUAAUAUUUUUAAAUAU